AUUCGCGAUCAACGAUGGAUACAGUGCCGCAGUGUGCCAAUGGAUCGUACGCAAAGUGGUGAACCGCGUCCAUCGACACAACUCGUAGGUUAGAUCGCAGUUUUAGGACCGAUUGGAACUGGGAGAGGAAGCUCUCGGACGGCACGAUGCAGACAGCUAUCGCGGUGCUCUGUGUGUUCCUCGGCUGCUGCACCAACGUCGUGUUCCUAGAAUUACUUGUUAAGGAUGAUCCUGGCAGCGGAAAUCUUAUCACAUUUUCGCAAUUUCUCUUCAUAGCCCUCGAAGGGUUUUUGUUUACAUCCAAAUGUGGUACUGUCAAACCAACUAUAGGCAUAAAGGACUACUUUAUUUUAGUCGCGAUGUUCUUUAUUGCCAAUGUUUGCAAUAAUUAUGCCUUUGAUUUCAAUAUUCCCAUGCCAUUACAUAUGAUAUUUAGAGCUGGUUCUCUGAUAGCCAAUAUGAUUAUGGGUAUAUAUAUUUUAAAGAAGCAGUAUCCAUUUAGCAAGUAUCUGUCAGUAUUCAUGAUUACCUUGGGAAUAGCAGUCUGCACAAUUGUUAGUGGCACCGAAAUCAAGUCCUUGAAACAGAAGAAUGUGGAUCAAGUGGCCACAACACAUUUGGAAGACUUAUUUUGGUGGAUCUUAGGCAUAUCCCUACUUACAAUUGCUUUAUUCGUUUCCGCUAGAAUGGGCAUCUAUCAAGAAGUGCUGUACAGCCGGUACGGCAAGAAUGCACGAGAGGCUCUGUAUUAUACUCAUUUGUUACCUUUGCCAUUUUUCUUAAUGCUAGUGCCUAAUAUUUAUGAUCACUGGAACUUUGCGUGGGCAUCGGAGCCGCUGAGUUUGCCUCUCAUUGGCAUAAGUAUACCAUCAUUAAUUGUAUACUUAAUCGGAAACAUUUUGACACAAUACAUGUGCAUUAGCUCUGUAUUUGUAUUGACCACGGAAUGCAGUUCUCUCACCGUCACUUUGGUAAUAACAUUGCGCAAGUUCUUGUCCCUGUUAUUCUCCAUAAUCUAUUUCAAGAAUCCGUUCACUAUUUACCACUGGAUCGGCACACUGUUAGUCUUCGUAGGUACAAUUAUAUUCACGGAAAUCGUACCAAAGAUUACACAAAGCAUACAACAUGUACCUAAAGCAAAGAAAGCGAAUUAGAUACAUUAAUAUUAAAAAAAAAAAA